AUGCCCGAUUUUGUUGAGCCGAUUAGGGAGCCUGCCAGACAAAGUACAUUUGAAUUUGACUUGAACAAGGAGCCAAAUAUAGAUUUGAACGAGGUCCCAUAUGAGUUUCAGGGUCCACACAUGUUGGACUUAAAUAAAGCGCCACUGAAGUGUGGUUCAAAUUUAAUGGACGAUAUUCCACAAGUAUUUCAUCCAUACAUUACGAAUAUACAAAAUGUUUUCGGUGAUGGAAACUGUGGAUAUCGAGCAUUAGCUGUUGGUCUUGGACUUAAUGAAGACAAUUUUUAUGAGUACAUUCGGAAACAAAUGAGAGAAGAGUUGCAAAAUCGAUAUGAUUUAUACUCGAGGAUUUUCGUUAUCGAUAUAAAUUCAAUGUAUCAAGACCUGUGUUUCUUUGGUUCCCCUUGUCCACCGGAACAUUGGAUGAAAAUGCCCGAGGCAGGUGUUUUAAUUGCUAAUAGGUUUGGUGUGAUCGUCCAUUCUUUAGACAAGAGAGACAGUAUGACGAUUUUUCCGUUUUGGUGUGGUCCGGAAGAUGUUCAACAUCACAGAGCUCUUACAAUUGCCCUUGUAAAUGGAGAAUCACAUUUUGUUAUGGUGGGGUUACAAGGCGAGUACCCAAUGCCUGUUAUCACGCCAUAUUGGACAUUUCACCAUGGCCCGUGUGCAGCCGGAUGGGAAAUCAUGUAUAGGUCGCGUCUAGAUCUAUAUAUCAGUCUUUGUCGUCAUGAGAGUGGUGUUAUUAAUAUAUUUGAUUAA